AUGCCUUUGACCAGAAUUUACAUGGCUCACCCAAGCCAAGACCCUGUCUUCCCUCCUGGGUUUUUCCAACCACCUCUUGGUGCUUCAGGUUUUAAACCGGGACCUCUAUACGGGUGUCUGAAGAAUGGAGAGUCUGUGACAGAUAGUGGACGUGUAUUGACCGCCGGCGAGGUGCUGGAGCCGCCGCUGAAGGGCCGUAAGGUGUUUGUGUUCGGGGACUGCAGUGCGCCGCUGUGGGAGGGGUUUAAAAGGGCGUGUCAGGGGGCGGAUGUGCUGGUGCACGAGGCCACGCUGGAGGACGGACAGCAGGAGAAGGCCGUGGAACAUGGGCACAGCACUCCCAGCAUGCUCACCUGCGGUGCGCAAACGCUGGUCCUGCACCACUUCAGUCAACGCUACAAACCCCAAACACUGCGGCGAGACGAUGAUGUAACCGAGCUUAAGAGACAGGCUGAGCUCGUGCUGCGGGGGUCGAAGACGGAGGUCAUCCUCGCUGAAGACUUUCUCACGCUGCCUAUUGCGCUCAAGAAAAAUUUGACACUGUAG